AUGGUUCCUGUUUCAGGGUCAACAACAGUCCGGUGGGGCUGGAGGCCAAGGGGAAAAGAAGGAUGACAAGGAGAAAAAGAAGAAGUAUGAGCCCCCAGUGCCAACUCGUGUUGGCAAGAAGAAGAAAAAGAUGAAAGGUCCAGAUACUGCCAGCAAGCUCCCUAAAAUUACACCACAUACAAGAUGUCGGCUGAAACUUUUGAAGAUGGAGAGAAUCAAAGACUAUUUAUUAUUAGAGGAAGAAUUUAUUAAAAACCAAGAGAGACUGAAGCCCCAAGAAGAGAAACAUGAGGAGGAAAGGACAAAGGUGGAUGAGUUGCGUGGCUCACCAAUGUCUGUCGGUAAUUUGGAGGAAAUAAUUGAUGAUAACCAUGCCAUUGUAUCAACAUCCGUUGGAAGUGAACACUAUGUCAGUAUACUGUCAUUUGUGGAUAAAGAUCAGUUGGAGCCCGGCUGCUCAGUCCUCCUCAACCACAAGGUGCAUGCAGUAGUGGGUGUUUUGUCAGAUGAUGUAGACCCUAUGGUCACAGUGAUGAAGCUGGAGAAAGCCCCACAAGAAACAUAUGCAGACAUUGGUGGUCUAGACCAACAAAUUCAAGAAAUCAAGGAAUCUGUGGAACUGCCUCUCACACAUCCAGAAUACUAUGAAGAGAUGGGAAUCAAACCUCCUAAAGGUGUUAUAUUGUAUGGUCCCCCAGGCACAGGCAAGACAUUGUUGGCCAAGGCAGUGGCAAAUCAAACUUCAGCUACCUUCCUCAGAGUAGUCGGCUCAGAACUUAUACAAAAAUAUUUGGGUGAUGGUCCCAAACUUGUUCGUGAACUGUUCAGAGUUGCAGAGGAACAUGCUCCAUCUAUUGUAUUUAUAGACGAGAUUGAUGCUGUGGGAACAAAAAGAUAUGAUUCCAAUUCUGGUGGUGAGAGAGAGAUCCAGAGGACUAUGUUAGAGCUGUUGAAUCAGCUUGAUGGCUUUGAUUCCCGGGGAGAUGUCAAGGUUGUCAUGGCUACAAACAGGAUAGAGACUCUAGAUCCUGCUUUGAUUCGACCUGGUCGAAUUGACAGGAAGAUUGAGUUUCCAUUACCAGAUGAGAAAACAAAGAGGAGAAUCUUCAAUAUCCACACAAGUAGAAUGACUCUAGCCGACAAUGUUAACAUUGAUGACUAUGUCAUGGCAAAGGAUGACCUAUCUGGUGCAGACAUUAAGGCUAUAUGUACAGAAGCUGGCUUACUAGCUCUGAGAGAGAGGAGAAUGAAGGUGAGAAAUGAAGAUUUCUCGAAGGCCAAGGAGAAUGUGCUGUACAGGAAGAAUGAGGGAACUCCAGAGGGGCUGUAUCUCUAAUGUUUUAUGUACAAUCAGACUGUCAUCCCUAGGACCUGAACAACUAGGUCUUGGACAUGUGAAGUGCUUUGAUGAAAUUAUCAAUUGGAAAAUAGUGCAGUUUUGGGAAAAAAACAACAUGGUUUCUGUGUGUGAAUAUCAUCAACAUGAAAGAAAGAAUGUGUGAAAGCAUAAUGUAUGUUGGAAAUAAUGAUAAAUUAAACAUUUGAUGUCA